UUAAGAAUGGUUUUUAAAUGUGUAAUUAAAUUUUUUCCUAACAAAUAAGCUAAUGUAUUAAAAAAUGUAUUAUAUGUACUGUGUAUGACUGAUGGAAUCGCGUUUCUCAUUUUGCGUGGUUUAUUUUUUUAUAUUUCAGUGAUAUGAAAAACCAGCAAAAAAUAAAUCAAGAAAAAAACAACGAGUCUGAACUUGAAUAUUUAAAAGUUGAAAAAUUUUCAAGCGAUGUGCUCGAUACAAUUGCAAACGAGUUGCAAAAUGAUUGGAUAAAACUUGCUCGUUUUUUGGGCAUCAGUAAGAAAGAAAUAAGAAGAGUUAAGCUUGAGUUUAAAACAGCUCGCGAACAAAGUUAUGAAAUAUUGCAUAGUUGGUGUAGAUACAACCCAGAUAAAACAUGGAACGACUUGAAAUCUGUUUUAAAAUUUUGUGAAUGUAAAGACGCCAUUAAUAAAUGUGAAAGAACUUUUACAGAUGUAAAAAACAAGCUUGAAUUAAAUCAAAAAGAAAACUAUGAGUAUGAAUUUGAAUAUUUAAAAGUUGAAAAACUUUCAAGAGAUGUAAUCAAUACAUUUGCAAACGAGUUGCAAAAUGAUUGGAUAAAACUUGCUCGUUUUUGGUGCAUCAGCAAGAAAGAAAUAAAAAGAAUUACGCGUGAGUACAAAACAGCUCGAGAACGAAGUUAUGAAAUGUUGAAUAGUUGGUGUAGAUACAACCCAGAUAAAACAUGGAACGACUUAAAAUCUGUUCUAUUUUUUUGUGAACGUAAAGAUGUCAUUAUUAAAUGUGAAAAAACUUUUAAAGAUGUGGAAGACCAGCUUGAAUUAAAUCAAGAAGAAAACAAUGAGUUCAAAUGUGAAUAUGUGAAAGUUGAAAAACUUUCAAGCGAUGUGCUCAAUACAUUUGCAGACGAGUUGCCAAAUGAUUGGAUAAAACUUGCUCGUUUUUUGGGCAUAAGUAGGAAAAAUAUAAAAAAAGUUAAAUGUAAGUACGAAACAUCUCGAGAUCAAAGUUAUGAAAUUCUCAGUAGGUGGUGUAGAAAUAACCCAGAUAAAACAUGGAGUGGUUUAAAAUCCGGUUUAUUAUUUUGUGGACGUAAAGAUGUCAUUAAUAAAUGUGAAAGAAAAAUAACAGUACGUUCAAUACUUGGUGUUCAACCUUCUUCUUCAAGCUUAUAUCUACGUGAAAAAGAACUUUGCGAAAUUCAUAAAUAUUUUAUUACACCACAAGGUGAAAAAAAUUUAACCGUAGUAUUAUAUGGAAUGUCUGGUGUCGGAAAAACACAACUUGCCAAAAAAUAUUGUGAAGUUCAUUAUAAACUUUACAAAAAUAUCGUUUGGGUAGAUGCAGCGUUUGGAAAACUACAAACUUCAAUGAAAAAAAUUUGCCAAAAAUUAGGUUUAAAUGUACAAAAUUCGAAAGGCGAAUAUUUUGAUAUAGAUGUGAUUCUUGAGAAAGUUCAUAACUAUUUUAAAAAUGAAAAAACUUUGUACAUUUUUGACAACGUUGAUGAUGAAAGUGUUCGAAAUUUGAAAAUGUACAUUUCAAACCAACCAAACUCAUUUACUUUGAUAACCUCUCAAUGGAGAAUAUGGUCAAAUAAUGUAAAUAAAAUGCACAUUGAUGUUUUUACUUUUGAAGAAGCUUUUACUUAUGUAAAAGAUAAUAUUAAGGAAAACACCAACGAUAACAUAAAAAACCUAAUUAGAGAAUUAGGUUAUCAUCCAUUUGCAAUUACUCAAGCAAUAAAAUAUUUAAUUAUGCAUAAUAUUACGAUCGAAAAAUAUAUAAACUGGUAUAGAUCAGAACCCUUAAAACUACUAGACAAUGACAUCAUUCCAACAGAAGAAGAGUCAAAAUCUGUAAUAAAAACAAUCAACUUAGUUUUAUUAAAAUUAGAAAAAGACAAAGAAAAACUUUUCCCUUUACAUUUAUUAAAUUGCUUAUCUCAUUGCGAUGGACAAAACAUAAGUAAAAAAUUUAUAAUCCAAAUAUCAAAAAACAUGGAAAUAUUCAGAAAAGUUUUGAUAGAUGAGGCAAUUGUUUUAUUAUUGAGUUAUUCUUUACUAGAUCGUUUGGAUGAUAAAAAAUAUUCAAUGCACGAUCUAACACAGUUAGCGUGUAGACAUUUUCAAAAUAAAAAUUCAAGUACAAAUACUUAUCUUAGCUUAUUAGAAAAUUAUUUUAAAGCUGAGUUGAACGGCGUAGAAUAUCAUGUAGAAUAUGGCAAAAACUUUGUAUUUCAUUUUAUCAAUAUGUUUCGCAUUCAAAGAGAAAGAAUGUCAAAAACUUUCCAUCUUAUGAUGGAUUCUAUUGAAAAAUUAUUAUUAUGUAAAGGUUUAUUUCAAGAAGCAAUCGAAAUAUUGAAAGCUGUUCAAUGUUUUUUAGAAGAGACUUAUGGAGAAAAUACUAUAGUUCCCAUUUUAGCAAAAUACAAAAUUGCAAACUGUUUAUACAGUAUGGGAAAAUAUAAAGAUGCUUUAGAAAUUUAUUAUUCUUUUGAUAAAAUAUUGAUUGAAUUUUUUGGUUACAAUACUGAUUUUACAACAACAAAAACGAAAAUCGCACUUUGUUUGCUUGAUAUGGGAAAAUAUAACGAUGCUUUAGAAGUUCUAUAUCCUCUUGAAAAAAUAGAAACUGAAACUUUAGGUAAAACCCAUCCAGAUACAAUGACAACAAAACAUAACAUUGCAUGUUGUUUAUACGAAAUUGGAAAAUAUAACGAAGCUUUAGAAAUUAACUUUUUGAUUAAUGAAAUACAAACUGAAGUUUUAGGAACUAACCAUCCCGCUACAAUGACAACAAACUUAAAUAUUGCACAUUGUUUUUCCGAAAUGGGAAAAUAUAGCAAAGCUUUAGAAAUUUAUUACUCUGUUGAUAAAUUACAAACUGAAAGUUUAGGUAUCAACCAUCCUGAUACAAUGCGUACAAAAGGUUUUAUCGCACUCUCUUUAUACGAAAUAGAAAGAUUUAAGGAAGCUUUAGAAAUUUAUGAGUCUAUUGAUGAAAUGCAAACUAAAAUCUUAGGUUUAAACCAUCCAUCUACAACGAGGACAAAAUACAAUAUUGCUCUCUGUUUAGAAGAAACUGAAAAAUCUAACGAAGCUCUAAUAAUUUAUAAUUCUAUUGAAAAAAUACAAACUGAAUUUUUAGGUGUUGACCAUCCAUUUACACUGGACACAAAAUAUAAAAUAGCAUGCUGUAUCAGAGAUAUGGGAAAAUACAACGAAGCAUUAGAAAUGUUUUAUUCUGUUAUCAAAAUACAAACUCAAAGUUUAGGUCUAAACCAUCCAUCUACAACAAAAACAAAGAUUAGCAUUACAAGCUGUUUGUGCGAAAUGGGAAAAUGUAACGAAGCAUUAGAAACUUUAUAUUCUGUGGAAAAAAUGCAAACUGAAAUAUUAUGUUUCAACUUUUCAUUAACAAUUCAAAUAAAAAUACAUUUCGCAAAUUGUUUUUUCAAAAUGAAAAAAUAUAAGGAAGCUUUAGAAAUCCUUUAUUUUAUAGAAAAACUACUCACUGAAACUUCACAUAUUAAUAAGUUAAUGAAUACAAAAAAACUUAUUGCAAUUUGUUUGUGCAAAAUGAAGAAAUUUAAUGAUGCUCUAGAAAUUGUAAAUAGCGUUGAUAAAACACUAACUGAAACUUUAGGUAUCAGCAAUCAAUCAAUGAUGAGUGUAAAAAAAACAAUUGCUGACUCUUUGUGCAAAAUAGGAAAACAUAAGGAAGCAUUAGAAAUUUAUUAUUCAAUUAACAAGUUACUAAUCGAAAGUUUAGAUUUAGACCAUUCAUUUAAAAUAAGUAUAAAUUUGAGUUUGGCAUUUUGUUUGUACAAAAUGGAAAAAUAUAACGAAUCUUUAGAAAUUUAUUAUUCUGUUGAUAAAAUACUAACUGAAAUUUCACCUAUCAACCAUACAAAUAUAAUAAUGUUGAAAAAUAAUACUGCAUGGUGCUUGUUCAAAAUAGGAAAAUACAUCGAAGCUUUAGAACUUUUGUAUUCAGUUGAUAAAAUACAAAGUGAAUUAUCAGGUGAGAACUAUUCAUACAUAUUGACAAUAAAAGAAAAUAUUGUAGAAUGUUUGCUCGAAAUGGGAAAAUAUAACGAAGCUAUAGAACAUUUGUAUUUUAUUGAUAAAAUACAAACUAAAACUUUAGGUAUCAACCAUACAUCUACAAGAAAUACAAAACGUUUUAUUGCAAACUGUUUACUAAAUAUGGGAAAAUUCAGUGAAGCUUUAGUUAUUAUAUUUUCUAUUAACAAUUUAAACUUCGAAAACUUUGUUACAAACCUUUCAACUACAACGGAAAAAAAAAUUUAUUAUUUAGAAAUUUAGAUGAACAUUGAAUUGAUUAACAUUUUUAAUUAUUCUUAAAAUCAAUAAAAAUAAUAUUUCAAAUGGGAGUACAGUAAAAUGAUAUCUCGACAUAGCAUUUGUGUUUCGCUCAUCGAAGAAGAAAGUAGUCACUUCAAUACUAUAGAAAAAUGUACUAAAAAUUAAUAAAAAUUUAUAUUCUAUAAAAUAUAUGUAUUAAUAAUUAACAUUAAAAUAAUAACAUUAAUUUCAU